AUGGAGCGACGCCAAGAGCUUUGUCAAUCACUCAAAGGACAACGUGCUGUUCUACCAAAUCUUUACUCCUUAUUCCCGGACUGGACUCCUCAGUUGCACCCCGAAUAUGCGAGAGCUCGAGAAGAAUCUACUGAUCCGUGGAUUAAACGCGUUGUUGAGAACCCAGAUAUUCGUCGGAAGCUCCAGGAAGCAGAUUGCACAACAUUUGCGGCGAUUAUGUGCGCAAAGUCUUCCUUCGGGAGACUCUGCACGGUCGCGAAGUGGUUUACUUGGAAAGUUGGACAGGUCGAGAGCCUCGUUCCGAUAAUCAUGCUGAACGAAAGUCUGAGAGCCAGCCAGGCAAUGAAAGUGGCCUUUAUGCUAGCUCAGGAAUCAGCAAGGGGCUUCUAUGAAGUGGUUCAUAAUAUGCGGCAGACUGCCAAAGGAAGACACCGCGCUGUCGCGGAUAUUUUUAUUGAAGGAUGCAGAAACAUCGUCAUGGGGCUCACUCAUUGGAGCUACACCGGGGAGCGAUAUUUCACAGCGGGCGAGGCGGAUGAUGAUAAUACCAUACAUUUUGAACUAUAG